AUGUCUCUCGCACUCGACUUCGACUUGGUCAUCAAGAACGGCAUCGUCGUGACGGCGAGCGACGAGGUCGAGUGCGACGUCGCGGUCAAGGACGGCAAGGUCGUCCUCCUCAUGGCCAACCUUCCUGUACCCGACGGCUGCAAGGUCGUCGACGCCGAUGGUGGCUACGUCACGCCCGGGCUCGUCGACUCGCACGUCCACAUCGCCCAGUCGGCCGCCAAGUCGCUCGGCGCCAAGUCUGCCGACGACUGGACGACCGCGACGCGCUCGGCCGUCGCAGGCGGCACGACAAGCGUCAUCGCCUUUGCCGUGCAGAACCGCGGCGAGUCGAUGCUCAAGGCCGUCGACGCCUACCACGAGCUCGCGACGGGCAACGCCGUGUGCGACUACUCGUUCCACGUCAUCGUCACCGACCCGAGCGAGGAGCAGAUGCACGUCGAGCUUCCCAAGCUCGUCGAGGACGGCAUCACGUCGGUCAAGAUCUACUCGACGUACCCGGCGCUGCAGCUCAGCGACACCCAGAUCAUGGACUGCCUGUUUGCCGCUCGCAAGUACGGCGUCACGACGAUGAUACACGCCGAGAACGCCGACAUGAUCACCUGGAUGACGCGGGACCUCGCCGCUCGCGGCAUGCUCGCGCCCAUCCACCACGGCACGUCUCGCCCGCCCAUCGUCGAGAGCGAGGCGACGAACCGGGUCCUCGCCCUGUCGGAGCUCAUGGACUGCCCGGUCCUGUUCGUCCACGUGUCGGCGCCCGACGCGUUCAAGGUCAUCCGCGCCGCGCAGAGCCGCCUCAUGAGCGUCUACGCCGAGACGUGCCCGCACUACGUCCUCCUCACGGCCGACGAGAUGCGCCGCCCCAACUUUGAAGGCGCGAAAGCGUGCUGCGCCCCGCCAUUGCGCGACAACCCCGAGGACCGCGAGCGCGUGUGGGAGAACGUCGUCAACGGCUGCGUCACGGUUCUGUCGUCCGAUCACGCGCCGACCAAGUGGAACGACCCGCACGGCAAGCAGCUCGGCCUCACCAAGGCGCCGGGACGGCCCGAGGGCGACUUUCGCGCGAUCCCGAACGGCUUGCCCGGCGUCGAGACGAGGGGCCCGCUCAUGUGGAGCGAGGGCGUCUGCCGAGGCCGCAUGUCGCCGUCCAAGUUCGUCGAGCUCAACUGCACCAACGCCGCCAAGCUGUACGGCUGCUACCCGGCCAAGGGCACGAUUCAGCCCGGCAGUGACGCCGACUUUGUCGUCUGGCGCAAGCCGUCGGCGAGGAGGACGUCCAAGGUCACGGUCGACAAGCUGCACUCGGCGUGCGACUACACGCCGUUCGAGGGCCACCCGGUCGACGACUGGCCCGUCUUGACCAUCCUGCGCGGCCAAGUCGUGUACGACGGCGCGACGAACGAGGUCGUCGCGCCCAAGGGCUACGGCCGGUUCCUCAAGCGCGGCAGGAGCACGCUCGCGGGACCGAGGAACAAGUGGCUCAGCGAGUGGAGGCCGCAGUACGUCGAGGAGGCCGAGGAGGAGAAACGGCGAGCGGCGCAGUAG